UCGCUUGGAUCAUGUGCAAGCAAGACGAUGUCCCAGAUGCUAUUGUAAGAACUGGUGCAAGCAAGGCGGUGUCCCAGAUGCUAUUGUUCACUAAAUUUGGUGGUGAGGGGCAUAAGAGGCAUGUGGAACAUUUGGCAUUUGCUGCUGUCAUACAAAAAGGUGGAUCAUUUGUUAAUGUAUCUAUCAUCAUUAAAGAUUUCAAGUCCUCCAACUUAGUUAGCCACAAGUUACUUUAAACUUUCAUGAGCAAGGUUAAGAUUCACGACAUUGAGAAGGUGUUGAACCAUUAUUUCACAACUAGAGAUUGAACAAGAUACUAAGGAACCAUCCCGAAACUUCACAGAUCUCAUGGUGGAAAAAUGGGUGGAUCAAGGAGGUUGGGCGAGGGGUCAUAGUGGUUCAAUGUUGUGCAGGUCAAAUAUGGACCGUGUGGGUUAAUCCGAAACAUGUCUUCCAAAACUUUAUAAUUAUAGUACCACAUGUGGGAUAAAACAAA